GUUAAAAGUUGCUUCAUAAACCUCAAUACUGAAUGGCGUAAUUUGACUAAAAUAUCAAGAGUAAUUUUGCUUAAGUUGCUGAUAGAUCUGAUUUAAAGAUGAUGUUAGGAGGGACACCAAGUGAAGUGAAUCCAAAUAGUUCUUGGUUGAAUGGCAGAGGAAUGUGGCUUACAUAUACAAUUGCUGUUCUAUUGUUGCAUUUAAUAUUACUUAGCUUUCCAUUCUUUAGUGUUGCUUGGGUUUGGACUCUCACCAACGUUAGCCAUAACACUGCUAUGUUUAUCAUACUUCACAUUCUCAAAGGUACACCUUGGGAGUCUGGGGACCAAGGUAAAGUUCGAUACCUGACCCACUGGGAGCAAAUUGAUAAUGGUGAACAAUUCACAGCUACUCGUAAAUUUUUGACAGUUGUGCCAAUUAUCUUGUUUUUCCUUACCAGUUUUUACACGAAAUACGAUUCUACUCACUUUCUAGUAAAUUUUGUGUUUCUAGUUAUUGUUCUUCUGCCAAAGCUACCUCAGUUCCACAUGGUUAGGCUUUUUGGAAUUAACCAGUACUAAAGACUAUUUCGCAUGAAAUGUUAGUUGUGUAGCAGAUUUUGUACACCUGCUCGAAUUUGUACUUCAUAAGGCAACUCUUAAAUUAAUGGUUUAAAUGAAAGUUUUAUUCUUCUGAUGUAUUAAUUUUGUACAUUUUUGUACAUAUGUUUAGAUGAAUCAUCAUUUGAGUGAGAUUGUGAAAGACAUUGUCAACGUUUUUGUGAAAUGUAUGUAAAUAUCGAUUUGUAAAAUUUUUUUGUAUCAUAGUAU